UUCCAAACUUCCAUUCCUAGAGCAAUGAUCCACUCAGACCCACCUCUCCUUAACCAUUAUGGAGCUCUUUUAUGCUGCUCAACUCAAUGUGAUGAAUCUCAAAGCUGGCGUAUCAUGGAAGAAUGCCAACUUCCGUUAAUAGACCUUAGUGGCCUAAGCAGUCGCGACGAAAUGGUGAGAAAAGCUUGUGUUGCAGCCAUUUAUAGAGCAUCAUCAGAAUGGGGUUUUUUCCAAGUGGUGAACCAUGGCAUUUGCCCUCGGCUACUCGGGAAGAUGAGGAGUGAACAGGUGAAGUUGUUCCGAACACCCUUUGAAAGGAAAGCUAGUUGUGGACUUCUGAACAAUUCUUACAGGUGGGGAACUCCUACGGCCACUUGUCCUAAGCAAUUCUCCUGGUCUGAGGCUUUCCAUGUCCCUCUUACCAAGGUUUCAGAUGAAGCUUGUUAUGGAGAGUUUACAUCUUUAAGGGAAGUGAUGACAGAAUUUGCAGCUGCCAUGUCAAAACUGGCGAGACUUCUUGCAGGGGUUCUGACAGAAAAUAUGGGCCAUGGAAAGGAAGUGAUCGACAAUAUAUGUGACGAAAGCACUUGCUUCCUUCGCCUGAACCACUACCCGGCCUGUCCAAUAUCUCCGGAGAUUUCUGGUUUAGUGCCCCACACUGACAGCGAUUUCCUAACAAUCCUUUGCCAAGAUCAGGUAGGAGGACUUCAACUCAUGAAGGACUCCAAGUGGGUGGCUGUCAAACCUAACCAAGAUGCUCUUAUAGUCAACAUUGGAGACCUCUUCCAGGCAUGGAGCAAUGACGUUUACAAAAGCGUGGAGCAUAAGGUGGUGACUAAUGCAAAGAUGGAGAGAUACUCAAUGGCUUAUUUCCUGUGCCCCUCUUUCGAUUCCUCCAUCGGGAGCUACGGAGAACCUUCCAUUUACAGGAAAUUUACCUUCAGGGAAUAUAGAGACCAAGUUCAAGAAGAUGUAAGAAAAACUGGCUAUAAGGUUGGCCUUCCAAGGUUUCUACUUAAGGGCACAGAGGAUUUUACAAGAAGCAAUAAGGAGUCAAACACCAGAAUAUAUAUCCCAAGCAUCACAGCCAACAGUUAAAAAAGAUGAAUACUACAAUGCCUCUUGCUGCCAAAGUUGUUAGCCUUUAGGAAUCUAAUUAGCAUAAUUUAACAAGCAGAAUCCAGAAGUGUUAAGGC